AUGUCCGCAGCUGUGAGGGGGCGGGGCUUCGUGGCUGUAGCAGGAAGUGUUUUCCGCGUGUGUGUGUGUGCUCGGGUUCUAGGGUGCGUGUUGAUGAUGUCAUCAGUAGGUGACCAGCUGUGUCUGAACAUCUGCACCAGCUCCACAGGGUCGAUCAGGAAGAAACAUGUGACGCCUCAACAGAGAUGGACCUCAAAGAAGCAGAAAGCAGAAAAGAGGAGGUUGAGCUCCUCAGAGGAGGUGAAGAGACGCUCCUUCAAACAGAGGAGGCUCCAGGAGGAGGAGGAGGAGGAGGAAGCUCCUCCCCCUGAUUCACAGGCUCCGCCCACGGACCUGACGGCUAGGACACCACAGAAGAAGAAGGAUGGUGGGAAGGAAACAGGACGAGGCAUCAAGACUUCGUCUCUGUUCAAACACAACCCGGACAUCCCAGACCUGCCCAGUCCAGUCAUCUCUCAGGUGAAGGAGCAGAUUUUCUCCUCCGACUCCUUCUCUGACCUCCACCUUCACCCCCACCUGGUGGCGACACUGAACAAGGUCCUGAAUGUCUCCACUCUGACCAGUGUUCAGAGACAGACCAUUCCUGUCCUCCUGUCUGGACGAGACGCUGUGGUUCGAUCUCAGACGGGAUCAGGUAAGACUCUGUCCUACGCCGUCCCGGUGGUCCAGAGUCUUCAGUGUGUCCAGCCGAAGGUCAGCAGGUCUGACGGUCCCCUGGCCGUCGUCCUCGUCCCCACCAGAGAGCUCGCCCUGCAGACCUUCCUCACCUUCCAGAAGCUCCUCAAGCCGUUCACCUGGAUCGUCCCUGGAGUUCUGAUGGGGGGGGAGAAGAGGAAGGCGGAGAAGGCCCGGCUCCGUAAAGGAAUCAACAUCCUGGUCUCAACCCCGGGACGUCUGGUGGACCACAUCAGAAACACCCUGAGCAUCGCCUUCAGCGCCGUCCGCUGGCUGGUCCUGGACGAGGCCGACCGGACGUUGGACCUCGGCUUUGAGAAGGAUCUGACCGUCAUAUUAAACAGUCUGAACUCCACUGGACCGUCCAGACAGAACGUCCUGCUCUCGGCUACGCUCACUCACGGUGUGACGCGGUUAGCAGACGUGUCUCUGAAUGAACCUGUCAGCAUCCAUGUCUCUGGCCCCGCCCCCUCUGACAUCACCACGGUGACCUGUGACCCCGGCCACGCCAGCCAAUCAGAGAGCUUCGCUGUGCCCGAGGCCUUGCAGCAGUUCGUGGUGGUGGUUCCCAGUAAAAUCAGACUAGUGUGUCUGGCUGCGUUCAUCCUGGACAAAUGCAAGUUUUCCCAGAACAAUAAGAUCAUCGUGUUCAUGUCCAGCUGUGAAGCCGUCCACUUCCUCCACUCGCUCUUCGUCGCCGUCCUCUCUGGGAAGCCGCCCAUCAACUUCCUGCGUCUCCACGGCAACAUGAAACAGGAGGAGCGAACCGACGUCUUUCAACAGUUUUCAGUGUCUCAGUCUGGAGUCCUGCUCUGUACGGAUGUGGCGUCCAGAGGGUUGGACCUUCCUCAGGUCACCUGGAUUAUUCAGUACACUCCACCCACGGCUGUAGCAGAAUACGUCCACCGUGUUGGACGGACGGCUCGAAUCGGAGGACAAGGAAGCAGCCUCCUCUUCCUCACCCCCGCUGAGACGGCCUUCAUCUCUGAGCUGGCCAAUCACAACAUCAGCCUAUCAGAGAUGAAGCUGCUGGACAUCCUGUCCAGUCUGAUGACGGACGACACCUACAAGGGGCGGGGCAAGUACCACAGUAAGACCUCGUCCAGAGCUCUGGAGCAGGACGUCCGAGAACGAGCGACCGUCCUUCAGACCGACUUCGAGAACUUCGUCCACUCCGGCUCUGAGACGCGGCAGGCUGCUAAGAAAGCGCUGCAGUCCUUCCUGAGGGCCUACACCACCUACCCCGCCCCCCUCAAACACAUCUUCCACAUCCGCUCCCUGCACCUGGGACACACCGCCAAGAGCUUCGGCCUCAGAGACGCCCCCCAGGGCCUGAGCUCCACCACGAAGACCCGGACCCAGACCCAGAACCAGAACCAGACCCAGAACCAGACCCAGAACCAGACCCAGAACCAGAACCAGAACCAGAAGAAGUCCUCCGGGAACAAGAGGAUGGGUCUGAGGGAGGUCCGACUGAUCCGGUCCGAGUUCUCCAGUGGUCUGGAAGGAGGAGAAGCCACAAAGAAGAAAAAGAAGAAGAAGAAGUCGGGAGAGGACGAGUCAUGAGGAGGAGGAGACGUUUGGACAUUAAAUGUCUGGAUGAAAGUUCAGGUUGAUCUCAGGAGUCUGGACAAAACCAAACUCAACAUCUCAGUUAAUGUACCAGAGGCUCCACCCCGUUAGCAUGUUUAGCAUGGUAGCAGUUAGCAUGUUAGCUCUCUGCAAACUCUAUAGAAACCUUCAUCAUGUUUCAGUUCCCAGAUGUAAACAUGUUGAUUAUGAUGGAGGCUUAUGAGACUGAGUGGGCGGAGCCUCUAGCAGAUGUUGGGGGAGGGGCGGAGCCUCUAGCAGAUGUUGGGGGAGGGGCGGAGCUUCUAGCAGAUGUUGGGGGAGGGGCGGAGCCUCUAGCAGAUGUUGGGGGAGGGGCGGAGCUUCUAGUGGACGUUAGAGGAACUACAGUUUCAGCGAAACUGGUUCAGACUAAUGUUGGGAAACCUGAAGAGUCCUGUUAGGUGACAGGAGGAAAUGUGGUUUGUCCCUGCUGGGCCACCGUACUGCAGCUUUCUGGACGUUCUGAGAUUCUGUACGAAGACAUAAAUGUUUUUAUUUGGUUUGACUGUGAAAUAAAGUUCCUGGUAACCAGCG